CGAGAAGGUUCGUUUAGUUGAUUUUUACUAGUUUUUCUACUGCAAACUGCACAGAACACACGCUGCCCACUCUCUUCAAUCUUCUCUGUCUGCCUCUCGACUCUCAGCCCAUUUAGCAAUUGCAUAAAAUGGACAACUUCUUUGGAGGGAAGGAUCCCUUUGAUCACCCGUUUUUCUCCCAGCCUUUUGGCAGAAUAUUUGGCGGGAAAAGCCCAUUUGAUGACCCGUUCUUUACCAGUGCUUUCGACAGUCCAUUUUCCAGUGGCCCAUUUGGUGAUCAUUCUGCUUCCCGAAAACAAAUCAAAAUCGAGGAGCUGAACCCCGAAAAUGAAGGGGGCUAUGAUAGUUCUGUGCCGAAGGAUAUGCCAAGCAAGGAAGUUUCUCCUAAGAUUAUGAAUGAAUAUCCAACUGGAAAUCAGAGUUUCAGCUUUCAGAGAGUAGCAUAUGGUGGUCCUGAGGGGUGGUACUACACUUCAUCUGUUGGGAGAAGAACUGGAGGAGAUGGGGUGGUCUUGAUGGAGAUGAAAGAAGAAGAUCGAACGGUUGGUGAAUCACUGCAUACAAUUUCGAAAGGUAUACAUGACAAGGGACAUUCUGUAACAACCAAGCAAUUCUCUGAUGGGAAAGUUGAUUCCCUGCAAACCUUACACAAUCUACAGGAAGAUGAGCUAACCGAUUUUCAAGAAAAUUGGAAAAUGAGUGCUGACAAAGUUUUGCCUGGAUGGAAUGACGGCUUUAAUUUACUCGAGAACUCAGGGUUUAACAACGGUACAUGGGAUGAUUAUUUCGGUCGGGGUGGAUGGCCCCGUCUCUCUCUCGAAGACCAUGAAAACACCUGGGAUGACGAAGCUCAUGGAUCAUCUUCAGGUGGACCUUCCCGCAAAAUUGUCCCUGUCGAAUAGACUUUAGUUUGGCCUUUGGGGUAAAUAAAAUAAGUGUUGCACCUUGGUGAUUAUGAGCUGCUAUGACAUAAUCUCUAAUAUGGAGGUCUGAAGAUGGUAAUUUAUGUAUGGAGGUUAUGUAUUAAGUUGUUUUUCUCAGUGGCGCUGUAAGAAGAGAAUGUUGAAUUGUUAAUGUGGUGUUUUAUGAAGGUUAUGUGUUAGAACUCGGUUUUUCGUUAGAAGAAAAUCCUUGUGAAUUGAAUGACAACUCUUUGUAUUUCAUAACUAUCCUAUUUAUUUUGUUAUUAUUAAAUAUGAUUACAACUUUAUUGUUAAAAUUAUAUCAGAAAUAAGGAUAUAUUACAAAAUAACAGUUUUAUAUCCUUUCAAAGUGUAGCUG